AUGGCGAAAUCCUUUCCGGAUACUACUAACUCCAUCAUAGAAGAAAAAGAGGAACUCAUUGUUUCACCAAUUGGUGAUAGUAAGCCAAUUCUGAGAAUAGCCCACUUCUUGAAACCUAUCAUAGCUUCCAUUGAUGAACCUGACCUUCCUUCGCACUCAGUAACUUUACCACUACCACCAAUCCAUGAGCCCAUAAAGCGUCCCUUGAAUGUCACUUUCAAAGCGUGGGGAUACCGUCACAAAGAAUGGAAUAAAUGGGUUUUUCACAUGCAUUCGAUGCACCAUUCUGCUUGGGAAAAGGCUGGUGUCUGUGAAGCAAUUUUGAGUUCCACAUAUAACAUACCUAGAUAUGAUAAUUUGAUUAUUGGGUUAGCUGAGCAUUGGUGUCCUAACACCAGCUCGUUCAUCUUCCCUUGGGGAGAAGGUACUAUUACGUUAGAGGAUGUUAUUGUUUUGGGGAAUUACCCUGUUCUGGGUUCUCCUGUUUCAUGCUCUGUUCAGAAGAUGGAAUGGAAGAGGAUCGAAAAGAAAUUGACUGAUGCUCAAAGAAUGGCUAGGAGGAGUAAAGCUCAAAAGGCCAGUCAGUCUGCAUGGAUGAAGAAUUUCAUUCAGAGUAGCACUGAAAUUGAGCACGAAGCAUUUCUUUCAUUGUGGUUGUCAAAAUUUGUUCUGCAAAACCCAUCUAAAACAAUCAGAAAAGACGUUUUCCCCAUAGCGAUUCACCUAGCUAGAGGGAUACCAGUUGCUCUUGCACCAGCAGUUCUUGCAAGUAUUUACAGGGAUUUGAGUAGAUUGAAUUCAAUAAUCAUCUCUGCGAAAUUUAGUACUGGUGUGGAUUUAAAUACUGAAUUAGCACUGCAGAUCUCCUCGCCAUUUCAGUUGGUGCAACUCUGGGCAUGGGAGAGAUUCCAAGCAUUGCAGCCGAAUCCCAACAUAAUCAAGCCAGGUGAUCCACGGUUAUCUCGAUGGAACAUGGUGAGAUUUCCAAAAGUUGACAAUGUUGCGUUGGCUUUAGCUUCUGCUGGAGAAAGUUUUAUUUGGCGACCUUAUGCAAAACUCCUGCUUAAUUGGCGUUUCCCUAUGUUUUACAACGAAAAAGAAGAGUGGCUAUCUACGGAUUUGGGUUUAGAUAAGGAUCUGGAGUCAUUUGCUUGUUGCUUGAGGGUUUCCAAACUUGUUGGAAUGGGAUUUAUAGAAAACUACUUUCCACAUCGAGUUGCAAUGCAAUUUGGAUUUGAUCAGGACAUUCCAGGUCAUGUAGAUCAAUCUGAUGAGACUUCAGAAGUUGCAUGGACAAAUUACUCUAGGCCUGUCGCUGAUUCAAAGUUCUAUAUCCCAUCACGACUCUUCCAAUCAGGUGUUACACCUCGAUACCUGAAGUGGUGGAAGCAAUUGGUCUUGAGCCAACAGGAAACAAAUAAAGUUUCUGUCCAAAGGUGUCCAGUACAAAAGAGGAAGAAUAGAGAUUCUGAUGAGCAAGGUAAACCAGCAGCAGUAGGAAUUUUGGGUGCUUGUGGCAACGGCAAGAGUUGUAGCAGUACAGCAUUUACCGAUGGUAAUAAGUUGUGCAGCCAAUUUCAAAGUUCUUCACCCUCCUCUAUAGAAGAUACAGAGAAGCGAAUUAGUCUGCGGAAAUUGAAAACAGACCACCGGGCUUGGAAAAAGAAGAAGAAAAGUGGAGUACCUGAUGUUUCACCUGGUUUUCAUCCCAAAUGUAACUCUGUGAAAAUGAAAACUUCCCGUGUAGGAGAUAAACAAACAGGUCAGGAAAUGUUGAAUACCUAUAACAAGCGCGAGGUUUUAGGCAAGAGGGCAUUUGGUAAUAUUGAAAAGUUCUUCAGUCAAUCUCAAAGCUCUUCAUCUUCAUUUACGCAUGAUAAAAUUGCAAGGCAGAUGGAUUCAAUGGGGCGUUCACAGAGAGAGAUGGAACAAAGCAAUAAAAGUAAAGAUGGAAAACUGGCUUAUAAGAAGGCAAGCCUCAUGGGCAAUGGAGGAGAAGACAGCAGUGGUGCACUUGAACUACCAGGAUUGGCACUUGAGGCGCGGAUUAGAAUUCUUGAAACAGAUAUUACUAAAUUAAAAGCAGCAAGAUUUGGCUUCAGGUUUAGGUAA